UUCGUUGCAAGAUAAAUGUCUGUCCUCCUGAUCACUUUGUUGGAAUGUACACAAAUUAUGAUGAAAAUUAUGAACUUUUCCUCUUGGUUCUCUCUUUGCGUAUGGCUCUUAUGCUGUGAAUAUUGUGACUGUUGCUUUUUGCUCCACCGGGAAGAGAUAUUUGGAGCUGGAAGGGCCGAACGUGUGCAACAACAGUCCUAUUUCGGUGCAAGAGCAGAAGACUUCAAUGCUCGCCGCGUACAACAGCUGUACCUCAGGGAAGAAAAUGGAGAUAGAAUUGAAAACCGCAUUCGGAAAGUUUCAGGAGAGGAUGAAAAUGGAGAGAGGGGAGCUUUGAUAGUGGAAAAGUUUAGAGCUUUGCUUGGACUAAAGAGCUUCCACACAAGAAGCCCAUCACAUCGUGGGUCUGAGUUUGUGCUGCUUUCACCCUCUCCAUCACCCGCCAUUGAAGCUGAAGCUCCAGCUCCUGUUCCAGUGCUGCAUAUCCAUGCAAAUCCCCAUCCUCCAGCACGGCGCUCGAGUUCAAUUGCACCACAUCACAGCAAGUCUCAAAAAGAGCAUAGAGAUAAAGACAGAGUUAGAACAAUUCUUGUUGCAGUCAUCUUGUCUGCAGUUGCUGCCUUUUUAGUUUGUGCUCUUGUACUCAUUUGGGUCUGCAAGAAGCGCAGAAAACAUAGAACGAAACCCACAAGAAUAGUGUCGGUUUAUAGCAAAAAAGGAGGAAUCAGAGGUAAAAUAAAGAAAUUGAGUACCCAAAAUUCAGCAAGCAAGGUGAGCCAAAAUCUUGGCCUUGACCACUUUUAUCUUAAUUCAUUGGGAACAGAUUUAGAGCAGCAGACCUUUUUUCUUAAGCAACCUUCUGAAGCUGGAAACACUUCAUCAUGUCAUAGCACACCUAAAUUUACAUUGCAUGCGAUUCAAGAGCCAAACCAAGAACUGAAAAAGGUGGAUUCUGAUAAUGCUAGUAGCUCUUCCACAAGGGAAAUUACAUCUAUUCAUGAGGAUGCAGAGUCAAUCAAAUAUGAAUCAGAUGGUGGUAACCAUUCACCUGGUGACAAAAUUAUUCCAAUUGAAUGUCAUUCAUCUGAUGAUGAAUCUUUUCAUUCAUUUUGUGAAUCAUUUUCAUCAAACAUCCGGCUUUCCAAUGCUUCAGCUGGUAGUCUUAGUGGGGCAUCAAAUACAUUCUGUGAACAAGAGGCACAGAACAAAGCUUCUUUGGCAAACUCUUUAGACAUAGAAAUGUCUCUUGGUACCAGAGAUCUUAGCUCCACACAAGAUUCAACUCCACCUCCAUGCAAUCCCAAACAGGAAAAACUAACAGUUGAAUAUUCUUCAGAUUGUCAAAAAGGCUCCGAGCACCCAUUGGCACCACCACAGCCUCCACCUCCACCUCCACCUCCACCUCCGCCCCCUCCACCACCACCUAUGACAUGUUCUCCUUCAUACUCUUCAAAUAUAAUUACAUCUAAAGCUUCAUGUUCUUUAGCAUUGCCAAAUCUGUCAUCUCCUACAAAUUUAGAUUCUUCAUCAGGAACAAAUAGAACUCCACACAGAGACUUCCCUUCUUCCCCUGAAACCCACCUUAAACCAUCACAAUCACCAUCUUGUAUUCCUCCACCACCAUGUCCACCUCCACUUUGGAAAGGCAAUAUUAACUCUGCAAGAGGCCUGCUUCCAUCAUCUCAAUUGACUCCGUUUUCUCCACUGGGCAAAGACGGAGCUCCGUUACCAAAAUUGAAGCCACUCCACUGGGACAAGGUUAGAGCUGCUCCGGAUCGUUCUAUGGUGUGGGAUAAGCUCCGAUCAAGUUCAUUUGAGUUGGACGAGGAAAUGAUUGAAUCACUUUUUGGAUACAACCUACAAAAUCCAAUGAAGAGUGAUGAAGCAAAGAGUAAUACUCCCUCUCCAAGCAAGCAUGUUCUUGAGCCAAAGAGACUACAGAAUAUCACCAUACUCUCAAAAGCCUUGAAUGUGACCGCUGAGCAAGUAUGUCAAACUCUAUUACGAGGGAAGGGGUUGAGUUUACAGCAACUGGAGGCACUGGUGAAGAUGGUACCGACCAAGGAAGAAGAGGCUAAACUCUGUAGCUAUAAAGGAGAUAUUAAUGAACUGGGGUCUGCAGAGAAGUUUGUCAUAGUAAUUCUAAGGAUACCAUUUGCCUUUCUACGAGUUGAAGCUAUGCUUUACAGAGAAACUUUUGAAGAUGAGGUAGUCCACCUGAGGAACUUCUUUUCGGUGCUAGAGGAGGCCUGCAAGGAACUCAGAUCAAGCAGGCUUUUCUUAAAGCUGCUCGAAGCCGUGCUCAAAACAGGCAACCGUAUGAAUGUUGGAACGAUCAGAGGAGGUGCCAGAGCAUUUAAGCUUGAUGCCCUCCUUAAGCUUGCUGAUGUGAAAGGAACAGAUGGGAAAACUACCUUGCUCCACUUUGUCGUCCAAGAAAUAAUCCGGUCAGAAGGUAUUAGAGUUUCAGAUAGCAUUAUGGGGAGGAUCAACCAAAAAAACAAAACCAAAACCGUUGAAGAGAGGGAAGAAGAUUACAGAAGAAUGGGCCUUGAUCUUGUUUCUAGUCUAGGUACUGAACUCUACAACGUGAAAAAGACAGCUACAAUUGAUUUGGAUGUUCUUGCAAGCUCUGUCUCGAAUUUAUCUGAUGGAAUGGCUAAACUGCAACAUCUAGUGUACAAAGACUUGUCUAUGGAUGAACAAAAUGGUAACUUUGUAAGCUCCAUAAGAUCCUUCCUGAGUUAUGCAGAGAAAAAUCUAAAAGAGUUGCAGGGAGAUGAAGAUAGGGUCCUAACACAUGUCAAGGAAAUUACCGAGUACUUUCAUGGAAACUUGAGCAAAGACGAAGCCAACCCACUUCGAAUAUUUGUGAUCGUGAGAGACUUUUUGGGCACGUUAGACAAUGUUUGCAAAGAGCUUAGAAGCUCGAAAGCUCCACGCAGUCCUAAUCCUCUGGCACCAUUCCUGUAGGUUAAAUUGCUUUUUUGUAUGUUUAUGAGAUACAGCCCAUCAAAACAGAUGUAACUUUUAUCUUUUGUUUGAAACAUGUAGAUUCAAUUUCUUGCCUA